CCAAAACUUUUCAAACGAAACACAUCAUCACCUUCCAUCACAAUAAAACGAAAGGAUCUCUACAUGGAGCGAUCUGCAUCUGUUUGGAUAGCAGUGAAUUACAUCCAUGACAGCUGCAUGAAAGGAAAGACCAUCUCAGUUACACCAAGCAAAGCAGGGAAGUGCUUGACACCAUCUAACUUAAGUGCUCAUCAGAUCACAAACCAAUUGGUAAUAAAGUGGGCCCUGCCUUCAACUCCUACGCCAUAUGAGCUGAGAUACAGAGAUGCACUCACAGAAUCCACUCGAUGGACACUGGUGCCUGUAGAAAGCAAUGCUGUCAAUAUUACCAUUUCCAAUUUAAAUGCUACGUCUUCAUACGUUGUUCAGCUCAGAUGCAUAGCCAAGGAUGGUCUCCACUGUGUUUGCAUUUGGAGUAAAGAGAUUUUAGUCCCUCACAAACUCACAAACAAGCCAAGAAUAUCAUAUAAUGCAACUACAGAAAUCUCUCCAGGCAGAAGAAGUGUUCUUCUGAAGUGGGAGGUAACACAAAGUGAGAACGUCCUUGAAUAUCAUGUUAAUGUGGAAAGAAUACCCAACAGUUGCAGGAAUUCACCAGAUCGCAUCUUCCUAAAAGACAGAAAAAUUCUUCUAAAUCUCUCCAUGGCUUAUUAUCGAGUUAAUAUUUCCUCCUAUAACAAAGCAGGAGAAUCCCCACAAGCCAUCUACGUUGUCCCAGACUUCUCUGCAGCAGACUUGCCUGGCCAAAUCCAUGUCAAACACCAGGGAACUAAUGCAGUUGUCACCUGGACUCCAGAAUACAGUCCAAAAUGUUUUGUGGUUGACUGGGGCACUGGUAAAGACGAUAUGCGCAUGAAAAUAAUAACUAUGGCUACUGAAAAUUUCACACUAGACAAUUUUCAGCCAUAUAAGUUGUACAAAAUAAUGGUACAUGCAUCUGAUGUGUGUCAGUGUGAAAGUUUCACAAGACAUGAAAAGACUUUUGGAGUGACCCACUUUUACUCAGUUGAAGGAGUUCCCAGGACAGGUCCUGCUAAUGUGACGAUUCUGAAUAUCACAAAGCAUUCUGCACUUCUGAAGUGGACAGAAAUAGCUGCCAAAGACUGUUUGGGUUUUCUCCAGGGAUACAGGAUCAGCUACACAGAUUCGUCUGGGAAAAAGUCCCCGGCUGUUACUCUCAAUUCUUCUACCACAAGUUACCAUCUCACUGGACUGAAGGGAAAAACCAGCUACCGUGUGCAGAUUUCGGGAUUCACUAAUGCUGGUGAAGGACCUCCAACCCUUUCACAAUCUUUUGUCACGCCAAAAUAUGAUAAAGGCGAAUUUGAAGGUUUCGUGACUGGCCUUUGCUUCGGCAUGAUGCUCUUUCUGGUGGUUAUACCUCUCACUUGUUCUCUGGUCCUUAAAAGGCUGAAAAUAGCAUGCUGGCCAGGUGUACCAAGUCCAAGAAACAGCAGUGCACUCCAAGAUAUGACUAAUUGGAAAUCUGUUUCAAGGUCACUGCUUCAGGCCCUGUCAGACAAUGAUACCACCAGCCUUUAUGUCAUAGAGCAUGAGUCAAAGGCUCCCUUGAAGCUAGACAUCUUUACAGAUGGUAGAGAAGACAGCAAUUAUGACGCUUGCCAGUCAAAAGAACCAAGGAAUAACACAGACAUAAGCCUAAGACAUGAAGAAAUCCCUGAAGACGUGGUUACGAGUGAAGAAGAAGGAAUCAUUUCCAUUACAGUACCACUCUUGGGUGACUACACCAGCAUGGAAUUCAGCCAGAAAGCCCUGAUGAAUCUGACAGUGAAGCUGCCUGCAAGAGCUUCUCAUCCUCAUCUGGAAAUGGAACUAAGCCGUAAGCCAGCACAAACUGAGCAUAAGGUUUUAUUUGCUCCCCAGGACUACCUCAAACAAAGCCAGGUAGUAUUUUUGCCAUCUGGACCAACUUUGAUGGAACAAGUCAAUUCAAACUGAAGCGUAUUCAUAAUUUCCCAUAUGAUAAAUUAAGUUCCAAAACUCUGAUGCAUGAAUGAAGCCAUUAGGACCAUAUAGGACAGUGAGCUGGUGACAAUAGUUAGUCUCAACUUCAAUAAGCUUCCUUUGUGAAACAGAUUGGUUCUAUAAUUAGAUUAGCUACUUCACCACAGCCAUUCUGUGGAAAGUCCUACUGUCUUUACAUAGCCAAAACUUUCAGGGAACUGUAUGAAAAACUCUUGGUAGGUGCUUAGUCCCAGGGCACUCAGGAAGCCAUUUCAAGGCUUCCACUCUAAGCACAGUGUUGUUCUAGUCAUCAGGAGAGCUCUCUAGUCACUGUGACCAGUCUAAGACCUGAUUGUCAGAUCUUGUAAGUUCUUCAGUAAAAAUUCCAGCAAAAGUGUCUACCACUCCAAAGAGGCUCUCCCGUUGGUCAAAGCUGGCCAAAAAAAAAGAGUGAAAAGCCUUGAAUUUAGGAAUAGAAAAUGAUGCUUAUCCAUCUAUGUAAAGCACUGUUAAGUGUUUUACACCUUUAUUGUAGAUGAAUAGCACUGCAUACAUGAAGAUGAUAAUAAGUAUUAUUAGUAAUAUUGGAGUUUUUACUUGCAUUAAAUUAUGGCUAUUUCUUCCUACAUUUAUCUACACAGACACAGAAAUCCCCUCAUGUUCUGUUCUGGGAUGUAGCUGCAGAUUCACUUUCACACUGCAUGCAGUGACAAUAUCUGUUGAACAAGAGCUGAAUAGAUACUUCAGUUAGUUGUCCCUCCAAAGCUUGCAUAGAGGAGAAGUCAUUGGAAUAUAGGGGUAGAAGGGUCUUCCUUGAUAUGCUGUCUAUGUGACUCCAUCAUGUAUCUCCGUGAUGCAAGGCGCCUGAACUGGUUUUUCAGCUUACAACAGCUUCUCACUCAUGGUCUCUGUAGGCAUUAAUGGUUUGCAGCUAUUGUAGAAGACCCAGUUUAUUGUUGUCAUUUCUAGUUUAUGGAGCAUUUUAUUAAAAUUAUUUUGUGGAGAAAUUGAUCAACUGUACUCUAAGGACCAGAGGCUUUCUAGACAGAAAUCUUUUAAAUUUCUCUCAUUAAAAGUGAAGGACGAUUCACAUGCAGACAAGUACUUCCAUGCAUAUUAGGCACUUGACUGAUUUAGUGAGGGCCCAUGACAAAACCUGUUUUAUUCAUUUUCCUUAUUUAUAUUCACUCUCCCUUUAUUUAUAUCUGUCUAUGUCUGUUAGGACUGGUGGGAACCAACCCAUAUUUCACUGUGGGUUUCGCAUUGUUUUUUCUCAGCACUUAAAAUGCAUUGUUUUGCCACAAAGCAAUGUACCUGUUACCACUCACCCUUGUUACCUCUCCUCAUAGAAAGAAGGGGUAACAGAAGCACUGCCCAGACCACUGCAAAGGUUUGAGCAGUGUUUUAAAUAUCUUUCUUCUUUUUUAACUUUAUUCAGGUGACUGAAUUUAGGAGAACACAAAUGAUCCUGCUAUUAGCGGAGCUGUCGGUACUUGCAAUAUCCAGUAGAGGGGCUGAAAUGAAAAGCUGUUGUGGACAAUGAAGUCGUCAAAUGAUAUGCAGUCAUUAUCAAGUAGUCCUGUGAACAGAGCCUAAUUUCCCAAAUGUAAGAAAUACCCAUGCUCCUUACCUAUAACAUUUCUUUCAUUUCUGGUCAGAGCAAGUUAUUUUCCUGGUGCAGCUGGUACCAUCAGUAACUUACCCCUGUGAACACUGAAUUAAUUUUUUUCUUACUCUGCACCUACUAAACCAGUGCAUAUUAUUAUGUUACAUAUAAAGUAGGUAAGCAGAAUCAAACCAAUGGCUUGUGAGCAGUUCCAGUAUAUGAAGCAGCCUUCAUGCAUGAAACUGAAAAGACUGGGCUUCUCACCUGGUGGAGUAUUGCCUCCCUGGUAUUAGCCAUUGCCUGACACCUUGGUAAAGGAAAUCCAUUUAUCAGGCCAGGAGAAUUUCCCUAGAAGUGCACAUGGACCUAGUUCCCUCAAAUAGAAGGGAUGGAUGUGUUCCACUUGCAGUUACAAAGCUCACAGUAUAUGUAAUUCUUAAUUGAUCUCAUUAGAGCAAUACCACACACAGUAUUUGUAUAAUGGCUGUAAAUUGUACAUUUGGGAGAAUGAGACAUACAUGAAAAAUCCUGGUAUGGAGAUUAGAUAUGAAUCAUCCCACCAUGAUAUAGCCUUCGAGAGCAAAGAACCUUCUAUGUGGAGAGAAAUAGAAGAGCACACGUGCUAAACAGUUUUUAUCCAGCCAAAACAGAGGCUUUGGUGGAAUAAUGUACCUACUCAGGAACACAGGACUAGGAGACACAUAGUGCUCAGGUCUUCAGAUUGGGGCAACUAGGUU